AUGCAAGAUUUAUCCAUUCUCAUUCCACCAGAAUUAUGGCGAACUGUUUAUUCAUUCCUCAACACACCAUAUCGACCACAUUUUGAAAGAGUCAAUCUCCUAUUCAGAUCUUUAUGUCUCGAAGAGGAAAGAAGAGAAAUCAAUGAAAUAUUUCAACUCCACAAUAGGUAUUUGUUAAAGCCACUAUGUGAAGCACCUGUUGCAGAGGAAAAGAUUAGAAAAAUUGAAGAAAUGAUUCAGAGAAAGAUUCCUUUCCACUUGAGAGAAUUUAUUAAAGUAUCGGAUGGAAGAAUCAAGACUAUUAGAAGAAGAGAAAUGCCUUCAGUGAUUAAUAUGUCUCCUCAUUGGAGUAAUUGCUUGUAUAGUUUUGAUAAUUGGUGUUUUUCUGGAAGAUUUUUGACAAUUUCAACUUUUCACAAACAAAAAACAGAGUUUCGUAUUGACUUGGAGAAUGGGAAAGUAGAAACUUGUUCAAACUCAUGUAGAGAAGGGAUUUCUGUAAAGGAGUGGUUGAAGAUGAGCUUUGAUUGUUCAAGAACUAUUAAUCCAUUUAAUAUUGACAAGCUAUGUCAUGAAUCGAAUAGAAAUGAUCUGAAAUCAAUUUUAAGACAUUGUGGGUAUUUAUUUGAAAUAUUACCAGAAAAUCUCAGAAAAGAUAGAGAACUUGUAAAAAGUGCUUUAGUUUCGUCCAAUUUACCUUUCCGAUUAACCAGCAAAGAGAUUGCAGAUGACACUGAAUUAGUGAGAUGGUAUUUCGAGAAUGGAAACACUAAAUUUCAAUAUCUUUCAGAUAAGUUUCGACAAGAUAAGAAUCUAAUACUCAAAUAUUCCAAAGAAUGGGAAGAUGCUCAUGAAUCCCUUUACACCGAUACGGAAAUAUUAUUGCACUAUUUAAAGACGAGUAGACAGAGAAUAGUUCCAGAGUUGAAAACUCUCUCAGAAGAUUUGAUUAUUGAAGCCACCAAAUAUGGAAAAGAAGUUAACAUUGACAAUUGCUUUUCUAAUGAGCUUGUUCUAAAGAUGUUGGAAUAUACAACACCCAAGGAAAGAAGUUUACUUGGAAAGAAUCUCAAAAACCAUGAAAAGAGCCUUGAUGAGAGAGUUCUGAAAAGACUUUUUGAAGUGAAUCCAAUUUUUGUGUGUCUCAAUUUUGAAAAUGAGAAUUUCAAGUUGACAAAAGAACAACUAUUACUUGACUUGACUGAAUUGGGAGAAAACUUUAAGAAUCUUCCUUAUCAAUGGAGAAUGGAUAGAGAGGUAGCAAGAGCAGCCACUCAAAAACAGUUUUAUAAUUACAUAUAUCUUGAUAAUGAAUUGGCAAAUGACAUUGAAUUCCUGGCACCAAUUCUUGAAAAUGCAAAAAUUCCACUUUCAUUGCCACAACAAUAUUUCAAUCAAUUACUUCGAGUUAUUAAUAAGGAUGAGGAAAUAUUGAGGAAGAUACUAACCAAUAAUCCAUCAUUACUUGCUCAUACUCCCAAUUUGGAUGAGGAAUUUGUUAAUUCUUUGGAUUUUAAAUAUUGUAGUGGAAGAUUUAUUGAAAUCUUGCAAAGGACUAGUUUCGAACAAUAUUGCGAGCACUACAAGCAAAAUUAUGAUUAUUGA